AUGGCGUACGGUGUGGGGUUGUGGGGCUGCGAGCGAUGUAACCAAAGCUUUUUCAGCUACGAGAUGAUACACAUGUUUGGUUCGCUUAGUGAGGGGGAUAUUAAUGGUGGAGGGGUGCAUGAUGUCACUCCUAUAUCAGAGACAGCCAAGCCCAAUGAUGAAACUAAACAUGAAUAA